AUGGCAGCCCCGACGCGGCUUCUGAUCCGCGGGGGUCGCGUAGUCAACGACGACUCCUCGCAGGUGGCCGACGUGCUGGUGGAGGACGGGGUGAUUCGGGCGCUGGGGCGCGAUCUGCUGCCGCCUGGGGGCCUUCCCGCGGGGCUGCGGGUCCUAGACGCAUCCGGCAAGCUGGUCCUGCCCGGAGGCAUCGACACGCACACGCACAUGCAGUUCCCAUUCAUGGGCACACGGUCCGUCGACGACUUCCACCAAGGCACCAAGGCUGCCCUGGCAGGAGGCACCACCAUGAUCCUUGACUUCGCCAUCCCUCAGAAAGGCGGCUCCCUCAUUGAGGCCUUCGACACCUGGCGGAGCUGGGCCGACCCCAAAGUCUGCUGUGACUACAGCCUCCACGUGGCGGUGACGUGGUGGAGUGAUCAGGUUAAAGAAGAAAUGAAAAUCCUUACCCAAGAUAAAGGUGUAAACUCUUUCAAAAUGUUUAUGGCCUAUAAAGAUGUGUACAUGGUAGGGGACCAGGAGCUGUAUGCUGCCUUCUCUCAGUGCAAGGAGAUUGGAGCAAUUGCUCAGGUCCAUGCAGAAAAUGGAGACCUAAUUGUAGAGGCUCAGUUCCCAUUAAGGAAGGUGGUGUAUGGAGAGCCCAUAGCAGCAGGUCUUGGCACAGAUGGCACUCACUACUGGAGCAGAGACUGGCACCACGCUGCUCACCAUGUGAUGGGUCCUCCCUUGCGCCCGGAUCCCUCAACUCCCGACUUCCUCAUGAAUCUACUGGCUAAUGAUGAUCUAAGUACUACAGGGACUGAUCACUGCACUUUCAACACUUGCCAGAAAGCGCUGGGAAAGGAUGACUUUACUAAGAUCCCCAAUGGAGUGAAUGGUGUCGAGGACCGGAUGUCAGUGAUAUGGGAGAAGGGCGUGCACAGUGGUAAAAUGGAUGAAAACCGAUUUGUGGCAGUCACCAGCACAAAUGCAGCGAAAAUCUUUAAUCUCUAUCCAAGAAAAGGAAGAAUAGCUGUGGGAUCAGAUGCUGACAUUGUGAUUUGGGACCCAAAAGCCACAAGGACAAUUUCAGCCACAACUCAUCAUCAGGCUGUUAACUUCAACAUCUUCGAGGGUAUGGUUUGCCAUGGGGUGCCCCUCGUGACUGUGUCCAGAGGCAAAGUGGUGUAUGAAGCUGGAGUUUUCAGUGUCACACCUGGAGAUGGGAAGUUUAUUCCUCGGAAGCCAUUUGCUGCAUAUAUUUACAAGCGGAUCAAGCAGCGGGACCAAGUUUGCACACCUACUCCCGUGAUGCGUGAACCCUAUAAGGGAGAAGUCGCCAUACUGAAACCAAGAGGGACAAAAGAGGACUCCGCAGCAGGGGCCAGGAAACAAGGCCGCUCCUGA